AUGGAUGAUGAACGCCAGGAUCUCCAAAAGGUCCUCAGCUGUCCAUCAGGUCCGAGUUCGGGGUUGUUUGGCGGUUGUUUCCAUGUCCGUCCAGAUCAUCUGAGAUGGUCUGAUUCAGACAAACCGCCGCAGUGCCCGCCCGCCCGCCCGCCCGCCCGCCUCAGUGGGCAUGCCCCCCUUUUCGCUGCAGCUGAGGGAGGAGGGGAUGCUGACAGGGCGGUGGGUGAUGGUCACCCAGAUUACGCCUCAUCAUACGGCCUAUUUACACUUCACACCAAACAAGUCAGACAAACAGGGAAUCGCACCGCCACCGCCACUGCCGCAGCAGCAGCAGCAGAAAGCGUGCUCACUCAGGAUGCCAGUCUCUUUGGUUCCAUCACAUAA